AUGUUAGAGAAAAAGAUAAAUUACAAAAUAGUUGUAGUUCCUUCCCGACAAUUAAGACGUAAGGUACCUUAUGCAGGCCACUUAAUGACUCCAAGGAGAUUGUGGUUGAAUAAAAUACCCACACAAUGUGAUGUUGUUAUAGAAUUUCCUGAAGAUGCACCCGAUGAGGCAUUAAGAUGGUUACUAUCACGCAUACGCUCACAACCACCCGCUGGUUUGGGUUUGGUGGUACAGGUUAAGGCCCAUGAAAGUUCAAGGCGAAAUGCAUUCUAUAUAAGUGCUCCCACAAAUAUUUUGUUUCGUGCUGCGGAAGAGGCUCGUUUGCCAAAACGUUUACGUCCUGAUUUAGGUGGUGCCUUACGUGAAUUUACAACCCGUGAAAGUCAUUGCUUUCAACAGAUCAAAAGCGAUGACGGCAAUACAUCUCUCUUCACCUCUCAGGAACGUCAGUGGUUGGUUUUGCAAGUUCUACAAGGUUUGCGUGCAGGCCAAACAGAUAUAGAAGCUCUACAGGGUAGAGCUGCAGUGGAAGAGGGUCAAAGUAUAGUGGCAGCUUGGCAAGAGACUGGUCUCAUCACACAAAUAUUUCCUUUACAUGAAACUAAAACGCUGACUCAGCUUCAAUAUAGUUGGGUAAGACAGGUGUUUGCACCGCAACCUUUGGAUGAUAUUGCUGAAUAUUUCGGUGUUAAAGUGGCUUUGUAUUUUGCUUGGCUGGGCCAUUAUACCUGUGCUUUGGGAGUUCCUGCUGUUUUUGGCACAAUUUUAUAUGCUUUUCUUUGGGGUAAAGGUCAAACGGCUCAGGAUAUGGGUCAUGUUUUAUUCUCACUGUUUAAUGUGGCCUGGGCUUCAUUGUAUUUGGAGGCCUGGAAGCGUUACUCCGUUGAGUUGGCUUUUCGUUGGGGUACUUUGUCAACGCCACCGGAACUUUUAGAACCACCGAGACCUUUGUAUAAGUUUGUUCCUUUUUCACAGGAUUGGUGGGAUUCUAAAUUGCCGGAAACUGGAAUAUUUUGUUGUUUGAGUGUUAUACCUAAAGUUUUAUUAGCCGGAGCUAUAACCCUAAUGGAUGAGGCUUAUUAUAAAUUGGCUGUCUGGUUAAAUGAUAAAGAAAAUUAUCGUUUGCAGUCAAAAUAUGAAAAUCAUUUAAUUGCCAAAGUGGCAUUGUUUCAAUUUGUCAACUCAUUUCUAUCGCUGUUCUACAUAGCUUUCUACCUAAGAGAUGAGGAAAAGUUGAAAGAGCAACUGGCUGGUCUUUUAAUAUCCCGUCAAAUUAUUGGCAAUUUACGCGAAUCCGCAAUACCCUACUUUUUGGAACAAUGGAAACUGGCUAAAUUAAGUUUUAAUAUGUGGGGCGCAUUAAGUCCCACCCAGGAUAUUAAUCGUACUUUUGCUGGUACUCUAACAUCAUCAGCUGCCUCUGCAGCUACGGCUGGUUCGACAACAGCAUCAACGGAUACGGAGAAAACUAAGCAGCCAAGCGAAACAUCCACACCCCAAUCAGGAACACCAUCGAAACAAUUGCCGAAAAAAUCACUUGAUACCGGUUGUUCUACACCAACAACAACAACAGCUAGUGCUAAACGUAAUAUUGGUCAAGCGGAAAUUGAAAGCUCUUUGUAUAAGUAUGAUGGAACAUUCUCCGAUCAUUUGGAAAUGCUUGUACAAAUGGGUUAUGUUGUACUCUUUUCGGCUGCCUUCCCUCUGGCGGGGGUUUGUGCACUCAUUAAUAAUUUAAUGGAAAUACGUUCGGAUGCUUUUAAACUGGCACAUGUCCAUCAGAGACCAUUUGGACAGCGUGUGGCAAACAUUGGCACCUGGCAGAAUGCACUUAGUCUAUUAUCGUUGGCAGCUGUAAUUGUGAAUUGUGCUUUAAUUGGUUUGUCCGGACAAGUGUCUCGUUUGUGGCCUGGCUUAACCACAGCACAAACAAUCAUAUUAAUUGUUACACUUGAGCAUAUAAUGUUGGGUUUACGUUCAGCUUUAACAUGGCUAUUACCCGAGCUGCCAUCAUGGUUGGCUGCAGAAAUAGCCAGAGCUGAACAUUGUCGACGUGAAAUGCAAUGCAAGGGAACCUCACCUAGACCCACGCCACCCACACCACCCAGCACAACUUCAACACAACCCGAACAUGAGUUGGCGGCAUUAAAUCUACUAGAUGCAGUAACUGGCACCACCAACAAUACAACAACCACCAAUGAACCAUCCAUGGAUAGUCAAAUGUCAGAAGAAUUGCUGUAUCAACAGGAGCUAUUAAAACAAAACGAGUAUGAACCGUACAUAGAUGAGAUAACACGUUUUGGCUUACAGAGAAAUGUGGCAGCAGGAGAUUUAAAUGUCUUUGAUAAUCGUGAUUCAUCACCUGAUUCGCCUCCCUCACAGACCAGUACAAUUUUAAUACGCCCUUUACUGGACUCUACUCCACCUAAUAGUGGCGCUUCUUUGACCAGCCUCAAUCAGGAUAUAUUAACACAUGGACCCAGUGGCGCAUGUAAAAGUUGUAAGCAGAAAAAGAAAAUACCGGAAAUACCCCCAUUUCAUGGAUAUUCAGUUCGUAAUUUAAGCUCGAUACCAAUACAAAGAUUGCACGCUUUAAUGGGAGCUUCUGCAAGUUCCUUGGCCUUAAAUACCCGUCAACCUAUGCAUAUACCAGAAAUACCACCAUUUCGGAAAAAAUCCAGUGAUUCUGCUGAUCACACCGGCAGCAGCACUAGCAGUAGUCCCCAGCGUACUUCUGCCAUCUCCAUUGUAAAUGCCGCCGCCAUCUCUAACACCCGCCAACCGUUAAUUGCUACGCCAUUAUCAUCAUCACCACCAACACUAUCCUCCAAUCCUAAUCAGCAAACUAGCGCCAAAAUACCGGAAAUACCACCAUAUAAAGCUCGCAAAAUAUCCGCUGAGAGUACUACGCAUUUGAAUUUGAGCGAUAAAUAUACAUUAAAAACUCAUGCACCCGAAUGGAUGUCACGUUUAAAAGUCAGCGAUAAUAUAAAUCUUCAUAGGAGUAUAGAUUGCAUAGCAAAGGAGCUUAAAAGCAAUACAGACACUAUGGAUAUUUUAAAGCCUGCACCCUCCUGGAGUAAUGUGGCCAUAAAAACACAGCAACAGCAAGUAACAACCAACUCGCAAGCACAACAAGCUACACCAACACCACCACUCUUAUCAUCAUCAGCAACAGCACAACAUUUAGUAGCUUCGUCAUCAUCAUCCUCCGGUGGAGGUGUCAGUGUGAGUGGUUUAUCCUCCAGCAAACCUGAAACAUCAACAACACGUCCCAGUGUGGGUGGCAUAUCGAAUUCAUCAGCAUCUUCUUUACAGCAGCAACAGAAUGAAAAAGACCCGGCUAACACAUCUCAACAACAGCAGCAGCAACAACAAGUAACGAAAACUACCAGCGGCAGUGUUACAACACCCAGUGGUGCUGCUACAGAUGAUGAAGCUAAAGCUGCCGAAUUGGCUGCCAAGAAAUCCCGUUUAAAACAAAAACUUGUAAAAAGUGCCCGAUCAGUGGCCAUAUUCUCUUUAAAGCUUAAGGAACGCAGACAACGAGAGGCAGAAAAGGCGGCUGCCAUAGCAGUAGAGCAUGCCAAGGCUUUAGCAAAAUUACCGCCCAUGCCACAAGCCGGUGGCGAAUUAUCUCUUAUACCCAUCGAACAACUCAUUAAAAUUGAAGAUAUUAAACCUGCUUUACGUUCGCCGCCACCGGUAAACACAACGGCGUUAAUGCCCUUCUCAACAACGGCUUCAACAUCGUCAGCCAUAACUUUAGCGAAUACAUCAACCACCUCGUCAGCAUUAUUAGCAGCGGCAGCAGCUCAUCUUCAGCAGCAACAACAACAGCAGCAUCAUAGUUCUUCUUCCGGCAGUUUUUAAAUCAAUGUAUUGUAAAUAUACGUUAAAUUUCGAAAUUGAAAUAAAACUUUUUUUUGUCUCUGUGUACUAUAGAAAAUAUUCAGAAUUAAAGAUCUUUUUGCAAAAGUUUUGGAUAAAGAUUUUAAAAAUUGAAAUUUUUUAUAUUGGUUUCGUGUAAUCGGAAUUCUAAAUAAAUUUUGAAUAUCCAGAUAAGAUUUGUUAGAUUUCCAAAUAUUCUCUUUAUAAGCAUAUACAAGUCCUUUGGACAAAAGUGCAUUUUUCAGGAAGAGUUAACUUCUUCCAAAGGUAAAAAAGGUUUAAAAUCUACCUAAGUAUUUAUGACGUUUUAUAAUUUUAAGAUUUUAUUAAUUUUAAUUUAAAAAAAACUCUGAACUACAACAAUUAAUUUUAAAACAGUUUAAUCAACUAAAACGAAAACUAAUCACAACCUAAAAAUAAAAACACACAAAAAAACUAAAAGUGACUUAAUAUACAAACGAAAUCUAAUUCAGAAUGCGAAAAAAUACAUUAAAAUAAAAAUUUUACAAAAAUUACAAAAAACAUGAAAAAAACAACAACAUUUUACUAAUAAAAAACAAACAUAUUAAAUAAAAAAAAUACACUUAAAGAAAGAAACUGUAGUAGUUAGUGACAACAAAAAAACCAAAACAGUAAAAACUCAAAUUAGUCCUAGAAGAUCAUCAAGAUAUUUAUUUUGUAGUCAUAGAAUUUUUAGACAAAAAUUUAAUGGUUGAUCAAAAAAAAAAAAAAAA